AUGCCUGACCCCGCGACGCACCUCGCUGCCACACCCGGCGUGCUGCUUCUCCCGACGCCUGCGCCCUCGCUCGCCUCUGUGCUGCCCGCCCCUCGCGGCCAUGCCAUCGCGCCACUCCCCACUGCCCCUCGCCUCGCAGCGCCGGGCCGCGCCCCGCGCGUGCUCUCAUCGCUGCCGCCUUGGGCCGCGUGUGGCCCCCCUCCGCCUCCGCGCCGCUCCGGCCGCCUGCCGGUGCCGUGGCCGCCGGUGCCCCGCGGCGCUGGGCGGCACCCGUUGCGGCUGUGUCCAGGUGACCCGGUGCCCGCACCCGUCGGGGGCGACCGCCGCUGCCUCGACCUCGACGCCAACCGCCGUGGCCGGACCCCCACGCCGCCACCCGCCGGACCGCCUCAUCCUCUUCUCCUCUCCAUCGUCCCCUCGUCACCGGGCCACACCCGCUCGUCGUCGCCGUGCACCACCACCGCCGCCGUCCUCUCCGUCACCGAACCGCCCCCGAGCUCGUCGCCUAGUCCCCGUCGUCCUCCCCGCGCCCACUGCCAUUUCCCUGCAACCGUCGGUGAGACGCCGCGGCUCCCCUCUCCCCCUGCCGGACGCCAUCCGCCGCGCCCGACCGCGCCGGUGCACGGGCCAAGCCCCGCUCGCUGCUCCUCCCGUUCACGCAUCGUCGCGCCAUGCCUGACCCCGCGACGCACCUCGCUGCCACACCCGCCGUGCUGCUUCUCCCCGACGCCUGCGCCCUCGCUCGCCUCUGUGCUGCCCGCCCCUCACGGCCAUGCCAUCGCGCCACUCCCCACUGCCCCUCGCCUCACAGCGCCGGGCCGCGCCCCGCGCGCGCUCUCAUCGCUGCCGCCUUGGGCCGCGCGGCGCCCUCGCCUCCGCGCCGCUCCGGCCGCCUGCCGGUGCCGUGGCCGCCGGCGCCCCGCGGCGCUGGGCGGCACCCGUUGCGGCUGUGUUCAGGUGACCCGGUGCCCGCACCCGUAA